CUCUCUCCUCCCUCUCUUUGACAAUGGCGCAGAGAAGAAGCAAGAAUAGGCAAAUCUUGAAGACAAAAGUCUCAGUUGCAGACAUACGAUGCAGAAGCAACUCCUGCAAGAAACUAAACCUAUCUGACAUCUUCAACCCAAUCCCCUUAAAACCCAGAAAUACCCUUCACCCCCACCUUAAUUACAACGACUGCCACUCCUCUGUUUCUUCUUCCUCUGCCAGAACAGCAAACACAGAGGAUCACUCCUCCUCCUCCCCCUCGUCCUCAUCUGCCAUGUCGUCUCCUCUCUGCUCGUCCGCCUCCGCCGUCCGCCGGCUCGGUCGCUCCGGGGGAGACGGAGUCGCGGUGGAGAAAGAUUCUGAUGACCCUUACUUGGAUUUCCGGCAAUCUAUGCUCCAUAUGAUUCUGGAGAACGAGAUUUACUCCAAGGAUGAUCUGAGAGAGCUUCUCAACUGUUUCCUCCGUCUAAACGCACCGUUUCAUCAAGCCGUCAUCCUCCGUGCGUUCACCGAUAUCUGGGACGGCGUCUUCAGCUCCUCCUCCGCCAAACUCGCCGUUUCUGGCCGCGACUUAUGACACGUGCGUGUCACGUGACUUCUUCUAGAACGAGGCUCCUCUUUUUUGUUUCUUAGAUCGUACGGUCACGCGUCGUGGGGAGAUUCUUCUUUUUUCCUGAUCGGACGGUAAUAAUUAUGUUUGGUUUUGUUGGAGUGAUGAGGCUCUUGUUUUUUUUCUUCUUUUGGUAUGGAGGGAAUGUGUAAAUAUGUUUCUCCCUUUAUUAUUACCACUGUAAAAAUGAAAAAAAAAAUUGAUAUUA